AUGGAGAUGCGUCGUCUCACUGCCACGCUCUUGGGCAUCGCCGUUGCGGCAAUUAUCCUCGCUUUGGCCAUUCCGCACUGGGGCUGCGGCAACCUCCUGGAAGGUUGUGCCCGAGGCUAUGACCGUGACGCCAUGAUUGCAGUUGCCGCCCUUCUCAUAAUCGGUCUGGCCUGCCUGAUUGUCGUCUUUAUCAUCGACCUCGUCUUGAUCUGCUCCAGCGUGACUAUGUGCAAGGAGAAUUCCUACAUUUAUAGGGCAAUGGCGGUUGGUCAAGAGGCUUUCUUAAUAGCCAUCCCGAAGCUUGACAGAUCAGUAGUCGCCGCCAGCGCUUCUUGGGCCCCAUGA